GUGGCUACCAACCUAAGCAACUGCUUUACAAUCUUCCUCUUCAUAUACCCACUUGUUUUCGGCCAUUCUUUUGCUUCUCUCAUAACACUAAACUCGACUUCUCAUUGCUUCAGUGUCAGCUUCAUAAGUCGGCAUCGAGUCCGUAAAUUAUUCAAUCAGUUAAAUGGCACAACAAGUUGUAAACCCAGAUGAGCAGGUUGUUCUUGGAGAAGAAAUAGACCAUGUGAGGUUGAUCACCUUAAACCGGCCUCGUCAACUGAAUGUCAUCUCUUCUAAAGUGGUUUCUCUGCUGGCAGAAUACUUGGAAAAAUGGGAGAAGGACGAUAAAGCAGAACUUGUAAUAAUCAAGGGUGCUGGUCGAGCUUUUUCUGCUGGUGGGGAUCUGAAAAUGUUCUAUGAUGGCAGAAACUCGAAGGACUCUUGCCUUGAAGUGGUCUAUAGAAUGUAUUGGCUUUGUUAUCACAUUCAUACCUAUAAGAUAACUCAGGUUGCUCUUGUGAAUGGAAUUUCAAUGGGUGGAGGUGCAUCUUUGAUGGUCCCAAUGAAGUUCUCAGUUGUCACAGAAAAAACUGUAUUUGCCACGCCAGAAGCAAGCAUUGGGUUCCACACUGACUGUGGCUUUUCACACAUCCUCUCUCAUCUCCCUGGUGGUUUAGGGGAAUUCUUGGCCUUAACAGGAGCUAGACUUAAUGGUAAAGAAUUGGUUGCAGCUGGACUGGCAACUCAUUUUGUCCCAUCUGAGAAACUGCCCGAGCUAGAGAAGCGUCUGAUAAGUUUGAACUCUGGCAACAAGAAUGCAGUAAAAUCUGCAAUUGAAGAGUUCUCGGUGGAAGUUCAACUUGAUGAAGAGAGUGUCUUGAACAAGAAAUCAAUAAUUGAUGAGUGCUUUUCCAAGGAUACUGUGGAAGAGAUUAUAAAAUCAUUUGAAGCUGAGGCAAGCAAAGAAGGAAACGGAUGGAUAGGUGCAGUGCUUAAGGGGUUAAAGAGAUCUUCCCCUGCUGGAUUGAAAAUAACACUAAGAUCGAUUCGCGAAGGGAGAAAGCAAACACUGCUUGAAAAUCUGAAAAAGGAAUUUAGACUAACAAUGAAUAUACUACGAACCACAAUCUCUGAGGAUGUCUACGAGGGUAUAAGAGCUCUCACCAUUGAUAAGGAUAAUGCUCCAAAGUGGAACCCACCAUCUCACGAUAAAGUGGAUGAUGAGAAGGUAGGCCUGGUAUUUCAGCCAUUCAAAGAGGAUUUGGAGCUCCAGAUUGCAGAGAAGGAAGACAACAGGUGGCAUGGUAAAUAUGAGACUACACCCUAUGCAACUUCAGCGUUGACAGCUUAAGCAAAAUAGAUUUCUGGUCAGCAGCUUCAUGUUCCUUCAAUUGUUGUCAAACUCAAAUGUCAGGCCCUUAGUGCUAUGGUGUAUGUCACCUUGCUGAUUUUUGUGUGUUACUCUGCCUGAUGUUUCUUCUUGAAAUAAAAAUAGUCUUUUGUUUCAAAAAAAGAAAAAAAAAAAAAAAGGAAAAGAAAUAAAAUAGUCUUUAUGAGAGAA